AUGUAUAAACGCUCUAUUUCCGAUAUUGAACACAAUUCUUCAAGCAAUCUAUCUAUCUAUCUAUCUAUCUAUCUAUCUAUCUAUCUAUCUAUCUAUCUAUCUAUCUAUUUAUAUGAAUAUACAUAUAUAUUUUACCUGUUCCUAUCUAUCUAUCUAUCUAUCUAUCUAUCUAUCUAUCUAUCUAUCUAUCUAUCUAUCUAUCUAUUUUUGUCUAUCUUAUCUUUCGUAUAUCUAUCUAUCUAUCUAUCUAUCUAUCUAUCUAUCUAUCUAUCUAUCUUAUCUGUUAUAUCUAUCUAUCUAUCUAUCUAUCUAUCUAUCUUUUUUAUCUAUCUAUCUAUCAAAUCUGUUGAAUAUAGUUCAUAUAUAUUUGUAGUUUAUUUCUAUUCAUCUAUCUAUCUAUCUACCUAUCUAUCUAUCUAUCUAUCUAUUUAUAUGAAUAUACAUAUAUAUUUUAGUUUAUUUCUAUUCAUCUAUCUAUACCUACCUACUGUUCGUACUAUUUUCUAUCUAUCUGUUCCUAUCUAUCUAUCUAUCUAUCUAUCUAUCUAUCUAUUUUUGUCUAUCUUAUCUGUCCAAGACUGUUCAUAUUUAAGUCUGUAUGUAUGUAUGUAUGUAUGUAUGCAUGCAUGUAUGCUUCUGCCUGUGUAUCUAUCUAUCUAUCUAUCUAUCUAUCUAUCUAUCUAUCUAUCUUAUUCGUAUGUAUGUAUGUAUGUAUGGGCCUAUCUAUCUAUCUAUCUAUCUAUCUAUCUAUCUAUCUCAUUCUGCUUUCACCUAUUUGUGACUGUUGUCAACGAUCGAUACCAUAAAUAA